UGGGUGGGGAAAGGGCUGGCACAACUCAGCUCUCCAUCUAUUUAAAGGCCAGGGUGGGGCCCCUGAGCUACUUGCCUGGGACUUUUGCACCUUGGAGGAGAGGAGCAGCAGCCCACGGAGCAGCACCAUGUCUUGCGGACCUGUGUGCACCAACCUGGGCCUCAAGCCUGGCCAGCGCCUCACAGUCAAGGGGACGAUUCCACCCAACGCCAAGAGCUUUGUGAUGAAUCUGGGGAAGGACGCGACCCACCUGGGCCUUCACUUCAACCCCCGCUUUGAUGCUCACGGCGAUGUGAACACCAUCGUGUGCAACUCCAAGAAAGUGGAGGAGUGGGGUGCGGAGCAAAGGGAGACGGUCUUCCCUUUCCAGAAGGGAGCCCCCGCAGAGGUCACUUUCAGCAUCAACCCAAGUGAUGUGACCGUCCACCUGACGGGCCACCAGUUCACGUUCCCCAACCGGCUGGGUCUUUCUGUCUUUGAUUACUUCGAUACACACGGGGACUUCACGCUGCAGUCCCUCAGCUGGGAGUAACUCCCUCUCCUGUUUCAAAUACACCUGUUUCGAGUACAAAAAAGCCAUCAAUAAACAUGUUUUGGUCUA